ACACUGCAGCUUUUCUUGUGACCAGGGUAAAUAUUACCUGGCACUGUUAAUGUUUAAUGCCCGCACCUCGUCCCCGGCCACCCUGCGGAGGCAGCCAGACACUCUCCAAAAAGCAGAGACAGCAGGAAGAGGGGAGUGGAGGCAGCCCAUUCGCCUGGGGAAAUGACUGGGUUGUCGAUGGACGGUGGCGGCAGCCCCAAGGGGGACGUGGACCCGUUCUACUAUGACUAUGAGACUGUUCGCAAUGGGGGCCUGAUCUUCGCUGGACUGGCCUUCAUCGUGGGGCUCCUCAUCCUCCUCAGCAGAAGAUUCCGCUGUGGGGGCAAUAAGAAGCAUAGGCAAAUCACUGAAGAUGAGCCGUAACAGCAGCCUCGGCGGUGCCACCCACUGCACUGGGGCCAGCUGGGAAGCCAAGCAUGGCCCUGCCUCUGGCGCCUCCCCUUCUUCCUUGGGCUGUAGACCUUUGUCCCCGUCACUGCCAGCGCUUGGGCUGAAGGAAGCUCCAGACUCAAUGUGACCCCCAGGUGGCAUCGCCAACUCCUGCCUCGUGCCACCUCAUGCUUAUAAUAAAGCCGGCGUCAGAGACCGCUGCUUCCCUCA